GAAGUAAGUAAUCAACCUCUGACAUGUUAAUAUAAACUGCUUGAUAUAUUUUGAUUUGCCAUAAAUUUAUACGUUGAUAGUGAUACAGAGAAAAUAUGUUUGAAGUAAUAGUAAAGUUAGUCAUUCUUAUUCUUUUUGUUGUUCUUUUCUUGUUGUGGGAUUCGUUAAAUAUCAUUUUUCGCAUAUUAAUAUGCGGAGUUAUAUGCAUAUAUGCGUAUGUGUAUGUUAGGUCCGCCUCUGCCAGACAUAAAACAGAAAGACAUAGGGGAGCUUGUAGAGCACAGCCAGACAGAAAUAAGAAGGUUAAAAAGGAAAAGAGAAAGAAUUAUUAUCGAUAUAAACAAGACAGUGCAGGACAUUUAGAGAAAACCGAUGACUCAUUAGGAGCAUGGAAUUCCCAGGAAAGUGAACCACAUACAGAAAUAACUUCUCGAGCAGAUUUAGGAAUUCCAGACAGACAAACAUGUUGUGAUUGGCUGUUUGACUCUGAUUUAGAUAAUCGAUCUGACGUAACACAGUUUUCAAGGAAUACCAAGAAACUCGAAAAUAAACUUCAGUCAGAUUGUUUGGGAAAUAUUAUAAAUAAAAACUGUGCACAUUCAGCAGUCAGUUUAAAUGCCAACAGUGAUCCUGUACGUGUCGCGGAACUUACACAGCAGGAAUUGUUACCUGCGAAUAACAAUACUGGCAAUAUUCAUCAGAAUGUGGACAAUCUUUUGUAUAUCAAAUUAAAUACAAAAAGGAAAAAGAAAAACGCGGAAAGCGGUGCUAAUCAGCUACGAAAAAGAAAAAAGAAAAUACCAAAACGCGAUACUGCUAUAAAAGAGACAAGCACAGAGGCUGAUAAACGAGGAGAGGAGUUAGAAGGGGGUCAGUACAGUUCUCCGGGAGGAGAGGAGGGAAUAAAGGGCCAUUACAGUAUAGUAAAACAGCAGCAGGCAGAAGGGGGCCAAGGCAAUAUUACAAAAAGGGAGGAGGCAGAAGUGCGACAGGGCAGUUUAACAAAAAAGGAGGAGGCAGUAGGGGAACAAGUCAGUCAAAACGACGUUGCAGAAGACCAGUCUGCGGAGAUGGAGGCAAAGAAUAUAGCAGACCUUAUUCAGAAAGGUCAUGAGGCACUUGACAGUGACGAUGCAGAAAGUGCUAAACUAUAUGCACUAAAAGCUAUAGCUGGUACCAACUAUGAAAAAGACAAAUUUCUUACUGGGCUUCUUAACGUAACUGUCACUGAACAGCAAUUAGCCGAUUGGUACGGAGGCUGUUCUUUUAUUCUCAACCAGAUUGGAGAGGACAUGACGGCAGCCAGAUGUUUUUACACAGCAACUAUUUUCGAUCCACAGUGGAAUGUUCAGAGCCACAUAGCUGUGUCAGAUGUUCUUUGGGGUUCUCUUGUUUUCUUUCGUGGUCUGCCGGACCUGUCAUUAAAUAUACAGAAAAUUCGUGGCUUCUUGGCAGAAUUAGACAGUCUGGCAAAACUGGCUGAGCGGCGUAAGAAGUGGUCUGUUUGUGUGGCUAUAGACGGUGAUAUCAAUAAAAUUUACAGUUUUCUGAGAAGAAUUGCACUUGGACCAAGGGAUAUUAUUGCAGAGCCAGGACGAAAGAACGCUAUGUGGCGAUCAGCAAGAUGUUACCUUGAAUUGAAUUUGCACCAGGAAGUACGAAAAGUUUGUACUACGAUUCUCCAACAUGUGUGUGACUAUGACGACCCUGAAGCGUUGGCAAUAUGGGCUCGAUCUUUGUUUAUGACAAGAGACUACGAUCUGGCCUUCCAAAAGAAUGAGUUAGCCUUGAAAUACUGUCAGGAUGGAGGAGACAGAGACAGACUGCAAGCAUUUAAAUUAGAAAUACAAGAGAAAUUGGCUUUAGCACCACCUCCGCAAAGAGAACCGGAUGAAGAAUGGCUCGAAGGCACAAAUGUAAACAAAGCGACUGCAACAGACACAAAUCAGCAUUUCGACGCAGAGAGACGAAAGAAAAGAAGACACAAAAGGCCUAAAGCAAUCGAUCGGUCUGGACAAAGUACACCGUUUUCAAGAGCACAGUCUUUAGACAGAGCUACAGGGUCACGAUCUUCAUCAAACACGCCCUCCAGAGUAACUCAAAAUAUAAAUGUUACUACUAAAACUAUUAAUUCAGUUGUAGAACGGCUUAAACUUGAAGGAAGUGGUAAAAACAGGUCACGAAACGUUAGUUCUUGCAGUACAGCCACUACUGCAACAGAUGCUUCAGGCUUUGGAACCGAGACGUCAUACGACUAUAGUGUAUCAGAUAGUGAUUCAGAUGAUGAUAGUAGUGUUAAUUAUGCAGCAUCUUCCAAGACUGAAAGUCCAGAUCUGAACCUUAUGUCAGAGCAAGAUAUUGAAAUAGAUAGUAUGCAAGAAAAAAUGUCGUUUUACGAACAAAGUUGUAGGUUUUAUCAGCAAAAUGAUGAAGUAUCAGAAAACCUUGGAAGGGCUGAAACUGAGGAGAAUCUCUUGAAGACCGGUAUUACACUGAAUAUGUCAUUUUUGCAUCAGUUUGAAGACGCACGCCCUGACAUACUGAACAGAGAGAAUUUCUACACAGAAUUUCUUGAUAAAUGCAAGCUUCAAGAAUUAUUGAUAAAAAAUCCCAAGAAGUACAUCAAAUGUGUCAUACAGAUUGAAGGAUGCCAUGAUGCAUACUGUACACCAGUUGAUGCACAUGAUUCAAUCAAUAUCAUUGAAAUAUCUGGCCGAUCAAAAAUAGGACAGGCCUUUAACGAAGACGAAGUUAUCGUGGAGAUACUUGAUGAUCAGGAUGCAAAGGACAAAAGGUAUGGGAGAGUUGUUGGUGUAUGGAAUAGACAGCGCCACAAAGAUACAAAACAUCCUGUCUUUAUUUGUACCCUAGACGAUAUGGAAAGUCAUCUUGUACGACCAAUGUGUAAAACAAUUCCAAAGAUUCAUAUAUUGAACAGAGAAAUAAAACAGAAGUAUCAAACUGAAAAAGCAAGAAGAUACAAGGUUGAAAUAUAUGAGUAUGAUGAAAGAGCAGGGAUAUUAUGUAAUCCAAGGAUAGUUGAAGUGAAUCCAGCAGACAAUGGCUCUGUCAUAUUUUUGGUAGCGUUCAUAAAAUGGGGUCCUCGGCAUAUCUACCCAAGAGGUGCAAUAAUCAAACGUUUGCCAAGCGGAAGCAGCAUUGCUACAGGUCUAAUGGUUCUUAAUCUGCAGCAUGAGGUGCCAACACUUUACAAGAAAAGGACCGUGGAUCAAGUAUCGAGCAUCGUCAAAAGAGCAGGAGAUGAACCCUCAGAGCAUCUGUUGCAAGACAGAGUCGAUUUGACAAAUCUAAAUAUCUUUACCAUAGAUCCACCGGGUUCGAAAGAUCUAGAUGAUGCGCUCAGUGUUGAGAAAAUUGAUGGCGGUUAUAAGGUAGGAGUUCAUAUUGCAGAUGUUGCUAUGUACGUACCAAAGGACUCACCUCUGGACGAAGAAGCAAGGAACAGAGCCACGACGUUCUAUCCCGGUAUACGAAAACCAAGGAACAUGAUUCCGGAACCAUUAAGUUCCAAUCUUUGUAGUCUUCUGCAAGAUAAAUUAAGACUUACAAUAUCUGUUUUCUUCUACAUUGGGAGCAACGGAAGGCUUCUUCAAAUGGAGGGUAACAAUUUCGAAAUUGUGAAAUCUUACAUCAGAUCGAAAAGGCAACUGACAUAUGGACAAGCGCAGUCACUGAUUUUUGCACAACCUGGCGGUAUAGAGGACAAGUUGACAAGUGAUAUCAAGUGCCUAUUCAAUAUAGCGCAUGCUAUGCGAAAGAAUAGGUUAGGGAAUGCCAUGUAUGCCUUAGAUGUAGACUGGGAAGAAGCCGAAAUUGAUGAGUCAGAAGGAGAAACAAGAGAAGCUCAUUACUUAAUUGAGGAGUUCAUGAUUAUGACGAAUAGAAAGGUAGCCGAGAAAUUACUUAGAACAUACAGGUCUACUGUUCCUCUUCGCUGUCAACCACCGCCGUCAAAAGAAAAUCUAGAGGCAUUUUUCAAAAGGAAUGAUCAAUACCUAGGCAUUCUUGUUAGAUUUCAAGACAAACCAGUUGGACCACAGCGCCCAAGUGUUUACGACUGCCUUAAUGAACAAACAACAAAAACGGUAAUGCUUUCAAAGUCUGUUUGGGACGCAAUGAUGAAAUCACCGAAAGCUGCAGCUCCUACUUUUAUCAGGAAGGAUGACAUACACCCGCUUCAACUGGUAGUAUACCAGCACUGGCUGGCUAUCCAGGAACGCGCAGGGUACAGAUGUUCCGGUAGUCUUACGGGAAUAGAAGACGGCACACACUUCAGUCUUAACAUGUUUCCUUAUACACAUUUUACUUCUCCAAUAAGGAGAUACAAUGAUUUAAUCAUUCACCGUCUUCUACAUGCAGUAUUUCAGAAAAUUAGAUCUCCUUACGAAAAAGAAGAAAUCGACAACAUUUGUUUGCACAUCAACUCUGUUUCCAAGCGAGCAAAAGCAUACGAGAAAGGAUGUAGAUCACUACAGCAAGCAAUUGACUUCAAGACCAAUCCAAAGAUGGUUAAUUGUUUCGUCGAUGAAGUAAAUGACAAGGGCCUAACGUUGUGCUCUCCAAUGUUGAAGUAUGUAGCCAAGGGUAACCGGGAACUGACUUUCAACCGUUUAGAUAUGGGGGUCAAACCCGAGGUGUUUGAAGAUCCAAACACUCACUGGAACAAAGUUAAGGCAGUAUGGAGGAAGAGGCUAUACGAUUUCCACGUGCGUCCAAAUUAUCCCCCUGAUAGAGGAAACGAAUUGAGGUUAAAUCCUCAUAAAGGUAUCGUCUUUCUACCCCUGUAUGAAUGGGCGAAAAUAUUAAAAUGUACGAUGGAAGGUCAUGUUGAAGAUCUGUCUCGAGCCAUCAAAAAGGCAAAUAUCUCGCAUCACGGAGAAGGAUUAGACGAUGUUUCGACAGAAAGCCUUGAUCCGUUACAGAUUCAGCCUAACACACGUUUUUCAAUGACAUUUUCCCGCGGUCAGCAAGUGAAGAUUCAGAUGUCUGCCUCACCACAUAAAGGCAUCAUUGCCCCUAAACCAAUGCUGUAUAACAUGACAAACAACGUGAAACUCUGUCUACAGCAUACUGAGGAUCCAGUGUUAUAUCUGUAUAGGUAUGUGACUCGCGCAACGUGUGAUCAGUAUAAGACUGUCAAACUGUAUUUGGAAAGAUGGCUUCCCUUGAUGCUAAUGGAAUCAGCAACUGGGAUUGUGAAAAACGAAGAAUCAUGCACAAUUAACAACGUACAGGUCAAGUUCUCCGGGGAAAGGAAGGGCAAGUUUGCUCUUGGGUUAGCUGAAUGUGAGGUCAGAAAUAUAGAGUUGUCAGGUACAGUUUCAGACGACGAGGAUGACGAUGAGGAGGGCUAUAGCGGGGCAUCGUCAUAUGACUGGUUAUGUCUUAAAGCAACAGUAUCAUCAGAUAAAAAAGCAGUCAAAAGUAAAUCGCAAGAUUUGCCGACAUCAGAUUCAGUUUGGGUUGGUCAUGCAGAAGUGACGAAAGUCAAGAGGAAAAAGGAAGAGAAAUCUACCGGAAAACUUACAGUGUCAUUUUCUUUGCACGAUAGAGCACCUGAGCUCCCACUUUCCUUUUAUCAGACGUCCGCAGAUCAACGCUUCAGUGUUGAGAUUCUGAGGAAGUCAGAGGUAGACAGGAGAACCGAAACCUAUAUCAAAAUGCUGCCAUCAGUGCAAGAUACAUUAGCCACAAAGAUUGCUCUGAACAAAGCUAUUCCUGAUCUAGACAGGGAUCAUAAACACAUUGCCAGUCUUAUCGAACGCGACUUGUAUUAUGACGCCAGCAGUGACGAUCCCAGACGAAAACCUCUGCCACCGAAUAACAAAAAGCAACAAGAAGCUAUCGAUAAAGCCCUGAUGUCACGGUUUUCCCUCAUACAAGGACCACCUGGAACUGGUAAAACAUACACUGGAAUAAAGCUUGUAUCUCUUUUCAACAAAGUCAACGGUAUUCAACAUAAAGAAGGGAAGCAAAAGAAACAAGUUUUGUUCUGCGGACCGUCAAACAGAUCGGUUGAUUUGGUUGCAGAAUGGAUGUACUACCGUAUGGGUAAUUACUGCCCCGAUUUCGUCCGUGUAUAUGGAAGGUCCAUUGAAGCACUGGACUUUCCCAUUCCUGGGAGGACAUUUCUUUCCAAGAGAAGUACCAGAAACCAGAAAACGUCACCAGUGUUAUAUCCAGUAGCGCUUCAUCAUCUUAUUCGACAAAAAGGAAAGAAAUAUGCAGAAGAAAUAAAUGCAUACGAUAAACUGUUCAAGGCCAACAACUAUGAACCAAUGCCAGAAAAGGUGGCGGCAUACGUCCGCAUUGUCAGAGAGGCUUCUAUUGAUGAAAUUAGAAAACAUGACGUGAUACUGUGCACAACAGCCGUUGGUUCAAACCCAAAAGUGCUAAAAGCAACUAGCGUUCAUCAGGUAAUCGUUGACGAAGCAGGCAUGUGUCCAGAGCCACAGUGUCUAGUGCCAAUCAUUGCUACCAAGGCUGAGCAAGUUGUGCUUAUUGGGGAUCACAAGCAAUUGAGACCAAUCAUCAUGUGUAAAGAAGCAGGAUUACUAGGAUUGGAAACCUCACUAUUUGAACGUUAUGCCGUUACAAACACAAAGCAUAUUAACAAUGUGAAGUUCACUAUGCUGGAGGAACAGUAUCGAAUGAAUCCCCAAAUCUGUCGUUUUCCAUCUGAGAAAUUUUACGACAACGCCCUAAUUACAAUGCCGGGACUUUGGAAAACUAGUCGCAUGCAUAUCUGGCCGAAACACAUGAAGACUUCCUAUCCGCAUAUAUUUGUUCACGUUGAAGGAGAAGAAAAGGUUUUGACAGUAACAACGGAAGAUGGCAAUGAACAAUCGAAAAGUAAUGCGCUUGAAAUUGAUGAAGUGAUCAAAGUAUAUUCCUACUUCACAAGAGAGGAAACGAGCCAAUCUGUCCAGAUACUCUCACAAUAUAACGCACAGGUAUCUGAGAUCAAGAGACGGUUAAAAGACGAGGGAUAUGUCGAGGAAAACGUCAGCACUGUAGUGUCGAGUCAAGGCGGAGAAUGGGACUAUGUGAUAUUUAGCACAGUGCGAUCUCUCCCAGACUACAAAAUAGAGUCGAAUCCUACUCUGGGUUGGUGCAAACAUAAUCUUGGCUUCAUCACAGAUCAAAAUCAAAUAAAUGUUGCGCUAACUAGGGCACGGAAGGGUUUGAUUAUCAUAGGCAAUAAGAACUUGCUGUCAUGUGACCAGUUCGUUUGGAGGAAACUGAUACAGCAUUAUGAUAAUAGAGAGUGUGUAAAAACACCGGAUGAAUUCCCACCACGGACUGUCAGAACUAGGCUCCAGAGAAUGGAAGAAAACAUUCAGGAAAGCGAAAGACGAUACGGAGAGUCUAUGUUCAUUAAAGGGGAAGCAACCUCUUACACAGGAUCGUUUGAUGACUGGCAAGAGGAAGGAAGAGGAAGAAGACAUCGCAGAAAUCCGAAACAUCGGUAAAAGAACCGCUGAUUUGUUCAUUACAGUUGGAACAUAUCAAUGUAUAUUUGUAUGUUAACAUAUAACUGGAGCAUUGUUAAUAAUUUCUUUUUGAUAUGUAAAUAAUGUUUUAUUGUAAUAUCGUUAGGAAAAUAUAACUUUAUUUUGUGAUAUCAAAGUUUGUAUAUUUUGUUAAACAUAUGUCAUGUACUAAAUAGUUGUGUUAAACACAGUUUGUUUAUUGAUCUCUAUUGUUAUUUCUAGUUUUUCUACAUUGUAAAUAUCUGAUUAACAUAUACAUAAAACGCUGACAUAUAAUGCCAGUAUGAAUAGUAGCUUUCGUAUGUAACUGAGUCUUUUAAUUUCUUAUAAGAAUUGAUAUUUAAUUGCUUUUCAUUAGCAAAAAGAGUACCAGUACCAAAUGCAUAAGGUCUAUUUUGUUGAUUAUAGUUCUUUGCUUGCACUAUAGUCUAGUCAUUAAAUUUGCAAAUGUAACAUAGAAUGGGAUAUGUGAAGUACUGAACGAAAAGAAUGUGACUGAAUCAAUCUUUUGUAAAUUUGUUGUAAAUAUAUUAUUGUUGAUGUUAUAUUCCAUUUUAUAGUUUAUUCUUCUGUAUAGUGUGUUCUUUACCGUGCCAUAUAUCAUUUCAAUUGUUUUUCUUAGUGGUUGUUGGUGAUUUGCAUUUGUUUUGUUUUUUUGUAUAACUUGAAUGUUCAUAGCUUUAACAUUGAUAAAUACGAACAUGUCUUCGCUAUGUCAAUAGAAGUAUUAGUUUUCUAUUAGUAUAAUAUAUACUUUAUUUAGAUAGGAUAUAUUUCAUAAGCUAACAUUAACCUUAAAAACUUUCAUGUUCGUAUCAAAUGAAUGUUCCUAUAUCAGUAUGUGCAAUUUAGCAAGUGUAUAUUUUUUUACUAUCAUGUUUUCUCGAACCAUUGUUUUAUUUGAGCUUAGUAAGAUUUUCAUAAACGCAAGAAUGUAUAAGGAAGUUAUUGAUUAUUAUGUACACAACAUAACGUAUGAGAACUAUGUUCUGCUAAAGUGUCUAAGUAUAGUGAUUUACAAUUGUUGUUUAUGACUAAUACAGCUGUGUGCCUGUUACUACAUUUGAAUUUAUAAUGAUGUAUUUUUGCCAAUGUCUCAGUGUGCUCUUUUUACGUUAUAAUGAUUUAUGUUGUUUGCUCCUUGACAGUAACUGUCUAAAAUAAUCCCUACUUCUGUGAUACAUGUGAUUUCUGAGAUUGAUUGUCUUUUUUAUUUCUUUUAAUGGAAAAGAAAUCUUAACGCUUAUGUCUUUCAAACAUUUUAUACUUACUUCUAUUUUUGAGUCGCUUUCUGAUAAGUAUACUUUGUAUAAAUGUUUAUUAAUAAUGAUGUUUCGUAGACUGGAGGUAAUAAAAUUACUACCGAUUUGA